AUGUCCGGCGCCCUACCUCCCCACGGCGGCGAUGCGCCGCCGCCAUACUCAGAAACCGACAUCUACUCCAACUCCGGUGCUGCCGCCGCCCACCCCUCCGCGCCGCCCACCACCGCUGACGACGUCGCAUCCCGCAUGUCCUCGUCCAAUGAAGAAAUCAUAUACACGCCCCCCGAUACCCCUCGCACAACCGCCACCGCCGCCGCCUCCUCCGUCAUCACCGGCGUCCCCCAACCCGGCGCCGACCUCUACUUCGAGACCCGACCCCCGCCGCCGCCCGACGUCAUCCCGCAGUCCACGCUCGUCCACGCGCUGCACCUCGACACCCAGUCGCUGCCCGACGACUUCCCCUUCCCGAGCGACUGGGAGAAGCGCGAGAUCAACGCCCAGGACUGGGCCACUUUCGUCAACUUUUUGCUGCCGGACCACACCACCCGCGGCAACGAUGUGGUCCUGGAGCGCAAGCUGCGCGCCGAGGCCGAGAGCGAGGCUGGCGACAGCGUGAGCAGCGGGCGGUCCCAGGCGGAGCUGCAGAGGCACCUGCUGCGCACCCGCGGGCCCGAGGCCCUCCAGGACGAGGCGCAGCGACGCGCCAACGCGCUGGCCACCGUCCACGAGUGGAACGCGGGCUUCUUCAGGCCUCGAGGCAUCACCAUCACCAUCACCCCUGACGCGGAUGACGAUGCGACCGCAGCCAGGGAUGGGCCGGGCCAACUGCCCCCGGGCAACGGCGGCUGGCUGCCGAAUCAGUCGUCUUUCAGGGUGGACGCCGACGGUAUCGCCUAUGGCAAGAGAUUCGUCAUGGAUGCCAACGGUAUCCGCCUGGGCUCUCUCAUUAUGGAUUCGAACGGAAUUCGUAUGGCCAGUCACGAAAACGACGCGCCGGGGAUGCCGCACGACUCAGGAGCGGGGCCGUCGUCGUCACGCAACCUGCCGGGUUUCUCGGGCCCCGAGCCCCCGCGCGGGAGGGAGGCCACCAACAUGAGCCCCAACGGCAAGGGCAAGGACAAGGCGCGCGAGCGCUCCUCGUCCGUGUCGUCAGCCUCAUCCGCCUCCUCCUCCUCCAGCGUGUCCUCGCUGGACUCCCUCCCCGACUACGAUGACGUCCGCGAGCAGCAGCUCCCCGCCUACCUCAACGUCCUGCGGGACUGGACCUCCCGCCCGAACCACAUCCGCACCAACGCCGACGUGGCGUGGCUCAAGAACGAUCUCAAAGCAGCCAGGCAGCUCAACGCCGCCGGCAGCCUGCCACAGGCGGACAAGAAGGAGCUCAAGGCGCAGAUCAAGGCGCUGCUGAAGCAGUGGAAGCAGAUCCAGCGCGAGCAGCACAAGGCGCAGCGCAGCAUCAAGAGCGCGCGCAAGAAGCAGCGCAGGCAGGAGAAGCGCGAGCGCAGGCAGUGGAAGCGGGACAUGAAGAGGACGCAGAGGGACGUCCGGCGCGCCGAGAGGGACGUGCGACGACACGGCGGCCCGGGGCCUUGCAUGCCACCGAUGCCGCACGGGGUGUCCAUGCCUGCUAUGCCACCCGUGCCACCCGUGCCACCCAUGCCUCCUGCGAUGCACGGCCCGCCGUCGAUGGGCUUCCACGACCGCCACCGCGGGCAGCACCAGCACCACCGCGACCACGGCGGCCACUUUGGCGGUUGGGGCAGCAGCUGGUCGCAUCACGGACGCGGCGGACGCGGCGGCGGCGGUGACAACGACGACCAGCACGGCGACGCGCCGCCGCCGCCGCCUCCGGACCCGGCCGUGGCGGCCAAGUACAGCGCCGCGCAGGGCAUCGAGGAGGCCAUCCGGACGCAGCAGGACCGCGCGGGCAAGAUGGAGGACGGGCCGGGGAAGGAGGCGAUCCACGAGGCGAUCGCGUCGAUGACGCAGUCGCUGGAGGCGCUGCGGGUGGAGGCGGAUGGCGAGUACGCGCGGCACGUCGCGGAGCAGCAGGGGGCGCAGGGGGACAGCAGGUCGGCGAUCACGACGGCGGUGUACUGGAACCCCAACAAGGACUGUCUGGGCUUCAAGCCAGGCGCCAAGAUCACGGGCGUGACGUUCUCGUCGGACGAGUGGUGGCAUGGGACGUACAAGGGCAAGACCGGGUACUUUCCGGCCACCCACGCCAAGCUGUUGCCAGUGUAG